AGCCGUUGCGCGAGCCAAACGCGGUCUUGUUAGUUCCUUGAGAACAGCGUCAAGAAGCGGUGGAUAACGGAGAGAAAUGAAGGGUUUUAGAUUUCUUGAUCAUCACUCGCCCGGAUUCCCAAGGAUCAUGUGUCGCAACAGUCUGCUGGUUUAUGGAGCCUGUAGUACUGCGCACUGAUGCAUGGAAUACAAGGCACUUUAUUUUCAAGAACACCAAAACCUUCUGAGUGUAAAAUCAGGCGUAUGCGGCAAAUUCAUGGGCUUAAAGGAUCAACUGGAUGAUGGAAUAGAUGCCAUCCUGGACUUUAACCUGGACUACUUACAUGUGGAAAGCACAGAUCGACAGCUCAGGGUAAUUGCACCUUGGUCCAGGCUAGAGAAACCCAGAAUGGACAGAAUAAAUGCCAGAAACAAUGAUGGCAGACCAGGAUCUGUAGAAGACACCACCUGCAGCAGCUCUUUAGGAGAUUCAGAGGAUAGUACCAGUUCAGACAGUGAGUCUGAACAUGUCACUAGUGCCAUACCGGAUACAAACUUUUUGACAAAAACACAUCGUCAGCUUUGUCGUUCACCUUGUAUUGACCCUACUGAUACCUUAAGGACAGAAAUAUUAUAUAACAGUUCAGAGGAUGAUCAUGGACCAUCAAAAGAAGAAAAGAAACCACCAGAUGUUGGCAGGGACUACCAGAAUAAAAUUGAAUUUGCACUGAAGUUGGGUUACACAGAGGAUCAAGUCCAGCUUGUAUUAAGCAAGUUGGGUUCAGAUGCUCUUAUCAAUGAUAUCCUUGGAGAACUCGUAAAGCUUGGAAGUAAAUCUGAGAUAGAGCAGCCCCUUUUGAACAGUGGUGCUGGGAGCUGUACGUCUUCCUCUUCAUCGUCAUCUUCCUGCUCUUCAUUAUCCUCCUGCCAUUCUGCAUCUGUUGAGUUACACCGCUCUGAUUCUCCUUUCCACGAAGACAUAGUUGAAGAUGCUGCAAACUUGAGACCUAUUGUUAUCGAUGGAAGUAAUGUUGCUAUGAGCCACGGUAACAAGGAAGUGUUUUCCUGUCAUGGAAUUAAACUAACAGUGGACUGGUUUUUAGACCGCGGCCAUAAAGACAUUACAGUUUUUGUUCCUGCCUGGCGAAAAGAACAAUCAAGACCUGAUGCUCUUAUCACAGACCAGGAAAUCUUAAGAAGAUUAGAAAAAGAGAAAAUUUUGGUCUUCACCCCUUCCCGCCGUGUGCAGGGUCGAAGAGUUGUCUGUUAUGAUGACCGAUUCAUAGUGAAGCUUGCCUAUGAGUCUGAUGGUAUCAUUGUAUCAAAUGACAACUACAGAGAUUUGGCCAAUGAAAAACCAGAAUGGAAGAAGUUUAUUGACGAGCGACUACUUAUGUAUUCCUUUGUUAAUGACAAGUUUAUGCCACCUGAUGAUCCUUUGGGUCGCCAUGGUCCAAGCUUGGAUAACUUCCUUCGUAAAAGGCCUGUCAUACCAGAACACAAAAAACAACCUUGCCCAUAUGGGAAGAAGUGCACAUAUGGACACAAGUGCAAAUUUUACCAUCCUGAAAGAGGAUCACAGCCGCAACGCUCCGUAGCUGAUGAGCUUCGAGCCAGUGCUAAAAGCACUGCAGCUAAGACUAUUACUGAAGCAGGUCUUGUAAAAAGUCACAGUAUGCCGAACAGCUGCAAAAUUGAGAGCAGCUUUGACGUCAAACGCACAGCUCCAAAGAGGCAAUCAGAUCCUAGUAUAAGGACUGUUUCCCAUGAGACAGAAGAAAAGCAAAGUGCCAAAACCAAAGCUGAAAUUCGCUCUGCUCCCUCACUUCUGAAUAAAAAUAAUAAUCCCCUUCAAAAACCUCAGCCAGCUCCUCCAUUAAAUAAUGUCCUUCCUCCUUCCGUUCUGUGUUACUCUCAGGAACAAAGAACACCUAUGACUGUGUCCAAAAACCACGGAACGGCAAAAUCAUAUAGUGAGCAGUAUCCCAAAUGUGAUUCCCCUGGUGACAUUAGCUAUUAUUCUAUGAUAAGUGGCUAUAACAAACUCAGUAUUUCAGGACAUCAGAGCCCUGAUAGACACUUCAAUGUUGAUCGAAUUAGUUCUGUUGCUUCUGACUGUAGUAGUGAGGGGAGUAUGAGCUGUAGCAGCAGUGAUUCUUUUGUAGGGUACAAUGAACGGUCUUAUAUGAGCUCCCCAGACCCACUGGUAGAUGAAAACAUCAAGUGUCAUCAUCACCAUCAUCACCCUCAUAGCCGUGCUUCAUCACAGCCAUUUUCCCAUAACUACCAUGAUGCUUUGACGCGGGUUCAGAGUUACGGACAAGAAGAACCUAAACUUCGUCCUAAGCCACCUGUUCCGUAUCUUCCACCAAAUUUGCAGCAUCCUGCAAUUAGUGCACGCUCUAGCUGUCCAAGUGAGUAUAAUGCCACACAAACUCACCAGCAAGCUCAUCAGGCAUGUCACCUAAGCAGGGCUUUGGUUACCACAAGAAUUGAUAGUAUCUCAGACUCGCGCCUUUAUGAGAGCACUCCACUGAGACAAAGGAAGCCAUGUUCAGGUCAGGAGCGCUUUGGGAGUUGGGACAGUUUGAACUAUGGAAUGGAUGCUUAUUCCUACCACCAACCGUAUUCAUUGCCCAACAAGCCCACCCAACCCUGCUAUGAGCAGUUCACAUUCCAAAGUCUACCUGAGAACAGGGAUCAGGCUUGGAGGAUGCCAUGGGGUCGCAACUUAUCCCAGCAAGAACCCUCCAACCCUUCACGUUACCAAGAUAUUCGAGACAAAAUUUUUGUAAACCUCUGCAAUAUCUUCCCAGCUGACCUAGUGCGGCUGGUAAUGAACAGAAAUCCUGAUAUUAUGGAUGCUCAGCAGCUGGCUGCUGCCAUUCUGGCAGAGAAAUCUCAAUCAGGAUAUUGAACACAUAUGUACACUUCACAGAAGAUACAGAAUGUUCUUUCUUUCUGUUUGUCAGCAUUAAUUUUGAGGAAGGAUUGCUUCGGCAGCAUUCUUCUACUGUUUAAAGUCUGCACUGACAAAACACUGUUGCAGGCAACCAAUUUUUUGAAAUCUGUACAACGUCUCUGUGAAACUACGUCAUCACAGCGUUAUCUCCUUACAUGACAUGCCAUGCUGUGAAAUAUGUGACAUCUUCUCACCCUUAUAAGCUUGCAUUAGGAGGUAAAAUGUAAUUAUGGUGACAGCUACCCUCUGACUUUACAGAUUUCAUUGUGUGUAUGUUUUUUUAUUUUUUGCACUUUUCUGUUGUCUGAUUGAGCACAGUUUUUUUUUUUUUUUUUUCUUUUUGUUUUUGGAAGCUUGCUCUGCAGAGGAGAUCCAAGAUCUGAGGCACUUUUAUUCUGUUAUCUAAUUUGAGAAAUGUUUUGAAGUUUAGGCAAUCAUUUUUUAAAAAGGAAACUCCACUCAUUUGUUUCAGGGUAAUGGAAGCUAAUGCGUGAUUAGAACGUUUUACUUGUACUCUUUUGCUUUGCCAGUCUUGUAAGCAGACUGUACUAAUGCACUUUUUUUUGUGAAAUCACACUAGAAGCCUAACAGCCUUAAGACUGGCCUGGGAUUGGGCAGUAGUUGAAUACUGCUGUAACUAUAAAAAGAAAGGCCUUUAUGGCGGGGGUGCUUAAAAUUCAUGUAGCAUGUGGAAGGGUGGUAAGCAGACCUCUUCCAGCUCUGUACACCAGCUUAUAAGAUGGCAAGCCAGGCUAGAGUAAGUCCGCUUCAGGCGGGUUAAACGACGCUUUUAAAUGGAGGAGAGCAAUGUGUUCAGGUGCGUUAACACAGCUCUUACUGUCAGCUUCCAAGAAAACAAGGUCCCUCUCUUGUUCCAAAGGGUAGAGUUUUUCGUAUUAUUCUGUUUGUAUUUGUGUUUGUCUUAUUAUUCUCAAUGUACUUUUUGUGGUCUAAUUACGUUUGUGUGCUACUUUUAUUUUCUUUUAAUGAGAGCAAACACCAUUGCAAUCGCAAAAAGAAGCCUCUUGAGAAUAUGCAACAAAGUGUUUAUAAAGCACUGUAGUACUUUUUAAUUUUAUUUACCUAAAUGAAUAAGUUAUUAUUUUAUGAUAAUUAUUUUUUGUACAGUAUUGUCUGUUUGUUACAAAGUUAGUGACAGAGUGUUUUUUUAGGAGGUUUGAAUCUUGCCAUACAUUUAGCAGUAGUUAUCAGACAAGAUGUCUGUGUACCUUAGUUUUAGUAAGGGAUGUUCCUGGCAUUUCACUUGUGGGCUUCUGCUAGCUGCUAUUGCAGCUCUUUCACUUCACCGAGAAGCCUGAAUUGCUCACAGAUCCUGCUUCCUUUCCUGUCAGAUCUGUGAUGAUAUUUUGCCUGAAAAGAUUGGUUUCCGUAUUCCUUUUUACAUGUUCUGCAAACUUGUGUUUUCUAAAGUUUUACUAAGUCUUCAGUCUGUUGAAGGGACAUUCCUGCCUUCCUGAUUAUGAGAAAGAUUUAAAAUGUCAGCCUUUGUAAGAUUCUGUUCAGUAUUGGUCAUUUUAAAGAGGACAGCUUUUGGUUGCUAGUGGAACUGUACUUAUUCUGAGCUGUCUGUUUUCUUUCCUUUUUACAGAGUUUUGUAACUUUUUAUAACACUGCAUAGCAUUGAAGCACUUCUGAUUUUAGUCUUCCCCAUGGUCAUUACUCACUACGGACAAGGCAGAGAAUGUCCCUUUUUCGAGAAACAUUCACCAAGGCCACUGUACAGUUUUCCGUAGCUGCUAUCAGCAUUGCACUUGAUAGCCAGAAAACGCCUUUCUUGUUGAUACAAAUUGUAUCUUUUAAAUUAAUGACAGAUUUUUAUAUAUAAAUAUAUAUGUAAUGUACAGUAGAUAUUGGCACACACUGAACUGUUAUUAAAGAUAUUUUGGGCAACAUUUUAUCAUUUAUUUUUAUUUAAAUGGGCAGAAUUUUCAAUUACAGGAGGAAAAAAAUGCUGGAUUGGGGGGAUUGGCUUUAAAAUUAGUUGGGAUAUUAUGUCAAUCGGCACAGUGAAGUUACAGUACAGUAUUCUAAGCUCAUUUUCAGUAAUAUGUAUUCAAAUUCUAAAUCUGCUGUUUUUUGGGGUGUAUUGUUGGCUUUUGGGGUAACAUCCUAAUUUACUGGAGUCAUCCCUAAACAAAAGCCAAGGUAAAAUGCUGCCUGAAAUAAUGUCCUAGCACCUUCUUGAAUAAUAUAACCUUCAUUCUACCUGUGUGGCACUGUGUGUUGGCGCUGGUAGGUUUUGGGUAUACAGUAAAUGCUUCUACAUGGCAUUGUGUUUAUUGACAUUUCCAAUAAUCUGAACCAUGUUCAGUUAAAAUCUUUCAGGUGUUUUUUUUUUUUGUUUGUUUUCUUUUUAACUGCUUUUUUGUUUUCCGUAUAAAAAGUAUUGUUGACAUACUCUGACUACAGAGUGAUUUGAAAAUGCUGGCUUGCUGCAUUGAAUAUAGCUUUCUGUUUGUUUUCUUCAUCUUCUAAGCUAUGUGUAUUUAAGUAACAAUUCUGUAUAAUAAAUGUACAAGAGGAACGGCUGGCCUACCUCGGGCAUGCUCCUGCCUAGCAUUCGACAUUGUUGGAUAGGCGCCUGGCUCCUCUCGCCUCUUCACUGGGCUACGAGGGUUCAGAAAAUGCGUGCAUGCCUGCAUGAAAGAGUGAGCGGCUUGUCCAGUCUACUUCAUAUGUAUACGGUGUGUCUAUCUGUCUUUUCUGUGCAGGAUGGGAACCUUCACUUAUUCUUUAAGUGUGUAAUUUUAUUGGUCUUUAUGAAAUUAGUCUACCAGAAACAGAUUGCUAUUUUAGUGUUUGAAGAAACAUGGUAGGAACUAUUAAAACGAAUGUGCUACAUUAAUUGUAAGGUGGCAUUCUCCUUGGGUUCUUGAUACCAUACAAACUGCCAGCCUAUGUAUUGGAAGGCUUCUGUUUGGUAUUAUAGAGAAGAAAUAAGAAUCAGUUGUACAUUAUGAUUGUGCAGUAUAUUUUAUACUGUUCUUGCUACUAAAAAAAAAAUGUUAUCACAUCUGUGCAAGUUAAUUCUGCACCUGCGAUACAUCUGCUUGUAACUUCCAACAAAAUAUGCAUGGAUUUUAGUAUGUCAAUUAUUUGUUUUAAGUGCUUUUUAAUAAAAAAAAAAAUUAGCUUUAAAUCCAUUUGCUCCAAAUGAAAAUCAAAUCAGCCAGCAGUUGCUCAAGCGUAACAAUAACUUAUCAGAAAGUAGGAUACGGAUUGCGUGUUGUUUUACUGUUAGUGUAAAGCAGGAGUGAACGGCCGCCUUAUCUAUCACACUUGACGUCUUAAAACAGUAAAAGUGACCAUAUAGUGCCUGCAGCUAAGCAUGGGAUCAAAGCCUGAUUGAUGUGCAUUUGCAGUACUCAGUGGCGCUUGUUACACUUUUGGGCGUCGUGUUCCGGAAUUCAUUAUAUUUGUUCACUUUGUGUUAAGAAACUAGAAAAGACAACAUUAUCACUUAAUUUUUAAUGAAUGGAGGAAAUGUAUAGAAUGGAUCUUUUUAAUACACUUCUAACAUAGGAAAAUGGCUAAUUUACUGAGAAAUUCAUGUGAGAAUAAAGUUGCGUAUCAUCUGUCCCUUGACCCAGAUGUACAGUGCAGCUUGUUGUUCAGUUGUGUUGUUUUUCAGCAUGAAGUAAUAUGACAUAAGAAGGAUAAAAACAGCACGGCACAUCACAGCAUAGAUCAAGUCUCUUGGAGAUGUGUGAGACUUUUUAGGAUAGAAUUCUCUCUAUUAUGGUGCCACUUGAAAUUCCUCAAGGAAUCACUUCUCUUUCCAGAGUAUUUUAAGCAGCUUUUUCUCAAAACUAAAAUUUAAGGGGGCAUCAUGACAGGAGAUCACUUGUGUGAAUGCAUGGAAGUGAAAAUAUAAAGCGAGAUUAAAAAAAAAGGCCAAUAGGGAGGCAAAUGCUGGCCUGAGCAUGAGAGUUUCUCCUGCCAUGAUGUCCUGCAGUAUCUACAGAGGAAUGCGCAUCAAACUUUUCGGUUUACACAACCUAUUUGUGAAUGUGCAUCAGCUCAUGUGUGCAAUUUAAGUACCGUAUACAUGCUAUGCUUGCCAUAAGAGUAUAGUACUUGAGUUAAGCCAUGCAUUUGACUAUUAACAUUAAUGUCUGUUAUAAUUGGAUUUUUUAAAAUUUUUUUUUUAAUUAAGCCAUUUAUCUCAAUGAAUGGAGGUGUGUGACUGUGUGUGGUGUUGUUUUUUGCUCAUACAGCAGUAAAUAUUUUGCACCCUGCUCCUUUGGCAUAGUGUAAUCGGAGAAAAGUGAAAGGUCUGUGGAGGUGUGUGUGUGAGGAGUUGGGCUUCAUUAUCCUAACAGAUAUUUGCAUUUUAUCACAAGUAUUAACCUGCUCAAUGCCAUAGCCUUACAGUUAUCAGGCGACCAUAGCCUAGUCUUUAAAUGGCUUUUUAUACUGGCACAUAAUUAUUUUAUAAUAAAGAAUUUACAUGGCAUAUUUUACUACCAAAUGGACUUGAACCAAAACUUGUAUGCAGUAAUGAGUCUGAAUGUGUAUUUUUAUAUAUACUGUAUAUAAAGAAUGCCUAUUAACAUCAAAUCAAGCUGGAUGUUUAGAGUCUUAUUGGUUUAAUGUUUAAAUCGUAGCAAGUGGUUACACUGUUGAAUAACAGGAGUAAUACCAUGGAUUGAGAAAUUAUUCAGACCCCUUCACCCUCUACACUUUUGUGUUGUAGGUUUCAUUUUAAAUGCAUACAUUUGACAUUGUCAGUAUACACGCAUUAAAUCAAAAUGACAAAAGUGAAAUUGUUUUCAGAAAGGUUAUCAAAAACGUAUUAAAAGUCAAAACCUCAUUCAUAAAAUGAUGUAGACCCUUAAUUCAGUACUUAGUAGAAGACCCUUUGGCAGCAGGUACAUCUUUGAGUUUUCUUGGCUAAGUCUCUACAAGCUUUGCACAUCUUGAUUUGGGCUUUUUUUUUUUUUUGGUUAAUCCCAUUCUUCCCAGCAGAUCCUCUCAAGCUCCAUUAAAUUGGAUGGGAAGUGUCUGCAAACUGCCAUCAUCUUCAGGUCUCUCUAUAGAUGUUUCUUGGAGUUCAAGUCUGGGCUUUGGUUGGCCCACUCGGACAAUCCAAGGCUUGUCCCAAAGCUACUCCAGCAUUGUCUUGCUAUGUGCUUUAGGUCACUGGUAUGCCAAAAGGUAAACAGUCGCCCCCCUCCGAAGUCACGUGCCCUCUGCAGGGAGCAGGUUUUCUUCAAGGACCUCUCUCUGUAUUUGACAGCAUUCAUUCUUCCCUCAGUUCUGAUCAUUCUCCAUGACCCUGCCACUGUAUUGCACCCCUGUAGCAUGAUGCUCUCUCCACCAUGCUUCACUGUACGGAUGGCAAAAGAGAUACCUCUUGGGGUUCUUCCCAAAGAGUUCAGCAUCAAACCAGAGCAAACUCCAAGUGGGCUGUUGCGUGCAUGUUCCUCAAGAGUUGCCUCCAUCUAGCCACGCAGGCAUAAACACCUGACUGACAGAGCUCUGCUGAAAUGGCCGUCCUUCUGACAGGUCCUCCAGUCUCAGCAGAGGACUUCUGAAGCUCGGUAAGAGAGACCAUUGGUUUCUUGGUCAGCUACAUGGCCAAAGCCUUUCUUCUUGUCCUGUUGCUCAGUUUGGAAGGAUGGCCAACUCUAGGAAGAGUCCUGGUGGUUCCAGACUUCUUCCAUCUCAAAAUUGUUGAGGCUACUCAAAGCUUUAGAAAUGGCUUGAUAUCUGUACUUUGAUCUGUGCCUCUCCACAUUUUCUUUGUGGAGGUCUCCAGAGAUUUCCUUGGGCUUCAUGGUUUCGAUUUUGUCCUGAUAUGCAUUUGGAAUUGUGAGGCCUUAGAUAUGCAGGUGUGUGCACCUCACUAAGUGAUGUCCAAUCAAAUUCUAGAGCAAACGCGACACACCCCCAUACUUGUAUGAAUGAGAGAUUUCAGUUUGUGGUUAUUAAUUAAAUUGCAAACCUUUCUGAGAACAUGUUUUCACUUUGAUUGAUGGGCAAAAAUGUCAAAUGAAUCCAUUUAAAAUGAAAUCUACAACAAUAAAGUAUCUAUCUAUCUAUCUAUCUAUCUAUCUAUCUAUCUAUCUAUCUAUCUAUCUAUCUAUCUAUCUAUCUAUCUAUCUAUCUAUCUAUCUAUCUAUCUAUCUAUCUAUCUAUCUAUCUAUCUAUCUAUCUAUCUAUCUAACACAAAGUGCAGAGAGUGAUGGGAGUCAGAGUACGUUCCAAAUCCACUGACCCAAAGCAAAUUUUCCGAGUAAACAUGAAUUUGGCAGAUUAUCAAGGGACGGACUGAACUGUAAUGCUGCACAUCCAUUCAUCUGCUCUGUGAGACUCUGAGGUCCGAGUCAGUGCUAUGAAAUGGAGUGCAAGCGACACAAGUGUCAAACGCAGCGUCUGCCAUUGAAUUCCUUCUCAUGACUCGUUCUGGGUGUUCAUCUUAAUGAAUUGUUCUUGUGUGACAGCAGGCCCACCAGAAGUCACUGCAUGCUGUGUGUUUAGUGUUUGUGGGAGAAAAUAAAAUGCAUUA